GGACCAGCGGGUCGACAGUAUAACCACUGUUGUGUUUUGCGCUCAAACAUCUAGUACCUACUUUAACCGUACACGUAGACAGACAUGUUUCAAACCAGAGACUUCACCGGUGCUGUAUAUGCACUACGUUUUGCCGUCAUUUUCAUGACGUUUGUGCUUCGGCCGAUUUAUCAAGUUUCAGCAGAGAAAAGUCGCGGUUGUACGCCCCCAUUUUUACUUCCCGACCGACCGUUUGUCGUUGUAUGGAACGUGCCGUCUGGUGUACCUUGCGACCAACAUGACAUACAUCUAAGCCUCGCGGAGUGGGGCAUUCUGGCCAACAAGAAUGACAGUUUCUAUGGCGACCAGAUGGCGAUAUUUUAUGGUUUCGGAUACUGGCCUUACAUUGAGAAGAAUGGAAAGAUGCACAAUGGCGGAGUACCACAAUUAGCAGACAGGGCAAAACACUUCAGGUACGCGGACUAUUUCACCAAACAGCUCAUCCCGUCACCGGAUUUCAAGGGCCUGGCGGUGCUCGACUGGGAGGCAUGGCGGCCAUACUUCUACCACAACUUUGACUCUCUGGCCGUGUACAAAGAGAAAUCUGUGGAACUGGUUCAAGCCAGAUUUCCAGCCUGGACCAACAAGACGCAGAUCUGGGACGAGGCUGAGCGGGAAUUUAACAUCGGCGCAAGACUGAUCAUGCAGGGAACGCUAGAAGCGAGUCAAUCCCUACGUCCGCUCGGGAAAUGGGGUUACUAUGGUUUUCCUCGUUGCUAUGGCACAUCUCCUAGUGGCGACACGUGCAGCUACCCAGAAACGUCAACUACAAACGACAAAAUUGGUUGGUUGUUUAAAUCCAGCACGGCCCUGUUUCCGCGCAUAUACACCAAUCCGCUCAAAACCUCGACCACCGCGCGUGCGCAUUACGUCCGACAACAGAUCAACGAGACCUUGAGAAUCCAGGCCAAGUUCACGGGACUGCACGUUCCCACCAUGCCGUACAGCAUCUUCGAGAGUGGAGAGUAUUUAUUCACCGAGGCCGAUCUACAGUUUGCAGUAAAAGAACCGGCCGACAUGGGUGCCACGGGUAUUGUACUAUGGGGCAGUCAUCACUUCUUCAGAGGAAAGAAGGACUGUAUACGAAUGCAAAAAUACAUUAAUACUGUCCUCGGGCCAUUUGUGAAGAACAUCACUGAUUUUGCGGCUGCGUGUUCCACAGCCAUCUGCAGCGGAAACGGAAGAUGCGUGCGCAAAGACUACGAAGUCUUAACCCAGCAGCACCUGCGCAGCAACAACAAAGCUGAGUGUUUGAAGCCAUCCACGGAAUAUGCCGAAAUGUCUCGAAAGGUGCCGAGACAAGCCGAUGAUCUAUUACGAGAGGACUACUACAGGAGUUCAGGACAGAGCGAUACUUUAAGAUACAAUCCAGGACCUAGUUCUGUUAAGAAGUAUGAGGAUUAUGUAUGUCGAUGUUUGGAAGGAUGGUCUGGUCCACAUUGUACUAAACCAGAUUGAAAAACCUUUACAUUGACUAUAAUCUGGUUCAUUUGAAUGAGCGUGCUUGUUUUGUUUGUUUAACGACACCAGUAGAGAACAUUGAUUUAUUGAUUUACUGGAUGUCAAACAUUUGGUACUUUGACAUAAUUUUAGCUACAGUGAAAAUAUAGAAAUCGUAUUUACU